CCAAGGCAGCGGAUCGCGAUACGCCGACGUCGCGUUAAACGGCCAGCUGGCUGAUUUCGACGACUGAUACCUGGAUGCGGUUGGACGUCGAUAGGCCCGCGACGAUUCCUUGCAAUCGGUCACCGGCGCAGCACCUCCCUACCGAUCCUCGCAGCAUCUUUCACCAGGCUCGCUGAAAUGGCACGCAAUGAGCUCAAAGCGGCGAUACUCGUCGAUGGCCCGUCGUCGCUUGCACCGAGGAAGGACAGUGGCACGAGUAGUGGCUCGAAGAAACAGCCGGAUCGCGGCUCCUGGGCCAGUAAAACCGAAUUUCUUCUCUCGUGCGCUGGUUACGCUAUCGGCAUCGGCAACGUCUGGAGAUUUCCCUAUUUAUGCUACAGAAACGGAGGGGGAGCAUUUUUGGUACCUUACCUGCUCAUGUUAUUCCUAUGUGGCAUCCCACUUUUCUUCAUGGAAUCUUCAAUGGGACAAUUCGGCAGUACCGGUUGUAUAACGAUGUUCCGCAUGAGUCCUCUGUUCAAAGGCGCUGGAUUUGCGAUCGUCAUCGUCAAUGUCAUCUGCACGAUGUAUUACAACGUCAUCAUAGCUUAUCCUAUUCUCUUCAUUGUAAUGUCACUGAGAAAAACCUUACCUUGGGAAGAUUGCGAUAAUCCUUGGAAUACUGAUCACUGCUUGAAGUUAGGAGGUGUAACGCAACUAGAAAAAAAUGUCACCAGCCAGAUGAAUCUCAUUGCCAAAACGAAGACACCCGCGGAUGAGUUUUUUCACAAUCAUAUUUUGAAGAUAUCCGAUAGCAUCGAACAUAUCGGCGGUAUUGUCUGGCCACUCUUCGUAUGCAACAUCAUCUCCUGGAUUAUCAUUUACUUGUGCAUCUGCAACGGAGUGAAAACUGUCGGAAAGGUAGUUUACUUCACAGCAACUUUUCCAUUCGUCAUACUUUUCGUGCUAUUUGUGAGAGGAAUCACACUACCUGGCGCAAUGGAUGGAGUACUUUUUUAUAUCAUGCCAAAGUGGAGUGAAUUACUCAAUUUAAAAGUUUGGGCUGACGCAGCUAUUCAAAUAUUCUUUUCUCUUGGACCUGGCUGGGGUGGUAUCGUUAAUAUGGCAAGUUAUAACCCUUUUCGUAACAACAAUAGAUUAGAUUCGAUACUGGUACCUAUACUGAACUGUGGCACGAGCAUAUUUGCUGGAUUCGUCGUUUUUUCAGUUCUCGGAUUCAUGGCUCACAAAACUGGAUUGCCAGUGUCAAGCGUUGCCACGGGGGGUCCAGGCUUGGCUUUUGUCACCUAUCCAGAAGCCAUAACGAUGCUUCCUUUUCCUCAACUCUGGUCAAUUCUCUUUUUCUUUAUGCUUUACCUUUUAGGAAUGGACAGCUGUUUUGUGCAAAUUGAAGCGAUUAUAUCUAGCGUCACCGACGCUUAUCCAACUUUAAGAAAGCACAAACUUCUGGUCACUUUAGGAUCUCUCUUCGUCUUAUUCUUAGGAUCCAUUAUUUUUGUUACCAAUGGUGGAAUGUACAUACUUCAAGUGUUCGAUUGGUACGCUGCAUCCAUAUCCGUCAUAUCGAUAUGUCUUGUGGAAGUUAUCGUAGUCGGCUGGACUUACGGAUGCAAAAAUUUUGUACGAGACAUCGAGUUCAUGAUUGGAGAGAAGAUACACUGGUGGUGGCCACUUUGUUGGAAGUACACCACACCUGUAAUACUAUCUUUUAUAUUCAUCACGACGAUUGUUUUCAACACGAGAAUAACUUAUAACGGCAUGCCCUACCCAGCUUGGGCAGUCGGGGUCGGUUGGUGCUCCUGCCUAGUGAGCAUAUUGUGCAUUCCUGGCUACGCUCUGUGUUACAUGAUUUUCAAAAAGGGCACGUGGAGGGAAAAUUUCGAAAGAGGAACGAACCCAACGAACAAGUGGGGUCCGCAAAAGCCCGAGGACCGCGAGGCUUGGGAAACAUUUUGCAAAACCGAAGGAAGACUCUUGUGUGAUACGGUCGUUAUCAAUGGCGAGUCGGUGACAAAAUGCUGAAGCUCGACUUGGAAUGUACAAAUUUUAUAUUAAGAAUGUAUAGGACAAUUUUUCGUAUCCGACAUUGGCACGCGCCAAAAAAUGAAUAAUUGACGUAAAUGAAUAUUUUACACGUAUUAUGACCAAUACAAAAUUAUGAUAACACAUGCAUAAUUUGUUACAAUUUGGAUAGUUUUUAUUAAUUCGAAUGUGAAAUACAUUCAUGUAUACAUGUAUGUAUAAUUGCAUACUUACGAAACAUGUGUAGGUUGUUUGUAAAAAAUUUCAAGUAAUUUUGGAACUGUCAAAAUUUCUAAGUAAACGCAAUACUCGUCAUUGAAGUAUUGAAAAUGUACAAGAAAACAAUCGUUUAAGCGAAAAAAUAAUAAA